UAUAAAACCUUCCCAUAUCCCCUCCCCCACACUUCUUUCCUUCCCCUCCUCACCGCACCUGCAACUCCUCUGCGCCGUUGUUGCUCUUCAAUACACUGUGAGCGGAUCCAACCCAAUACCCAGGUCUCACGAAUCACUUCCAACACAAUGUCCGGCGACGUCUCUCGGGUCGAGUCGCCCGUUACCGCCCGGGGCUACAUGCUCUGCGGCUUCGCUGCCUUCGGUGGUAUCCUGUUCGGAUACGAUUCCGGAUACAUCAACGGUGUCCUCGGAAUGGACUUCUUCAAGCGCGAGUUCGGCCACGCAACCGACCUAGACCCUUCCGGUUACAACAUCCACACAUGGGAAAAGAGUUUGGUUACGUCGAUCCUGUCGGCCGGUACCUUCUUUGGUGCGCUGGCCGGUGGUAAUUUGGCGGACUGGAUCGGUCGUCGGUUGUCCAUCAUCAUUGCUUGCGGUAUCUUCUCGGUCGGUGUCGCUCUGCAGGUCGCUUCUACCGCGGUCGGUCUCCUCGUCGGUGGUCGUGUCAUCGCCGGUUUCGGUGUCGGUCUCGUCUCCGCCAUUGUCAUCAUGUACAUGUCCGAAAUCGCUCCCAAGGCUAUUCGUGGUGCUAUCGUUGCUGGUUACCAAUGGGCUAUCACACUGGGUCUUCUCCUCGCCGCUUGUGUCAACCAGGGAACCCACAAGUGGGACAGCUACUCUUCGUACCGUGUCCCCAUCGCCAUCCAGUUCGUCUGGGCCUUCAUCCUCGCCGUCGGUCUCUUCUUCCUCCCCGAGUCGCCACGUUGGUACGUCAAGGAGGGUCGUGGUGAGGAGGCUCUUGCCGCCCUUGCCCGUCUCCGUGGCCAGCCCAUCGACUCCGAGUACCUGAAGUUCGAGCUCGGAGAGAUCCAGGCCAACUACGAGUACGAGCGCAGCAUCUCUGAGGCCGGAUGGAUCGACUGUUUCAAGGGAAUGGGACCGUCCGGUAACCUCCGCCGUGUCUUGAUCGGUGUCUUCCUCCAGAUGUUCCAGCAGUUGACCGGUGUCAACUUCAUCUUCUACUACGGAACCACCUUCUUCCAGCAGUCCGGUGUCCAGAACGCUUUCUUGAUCUCGCUCAUCACCAACUUGGUCAACGUUGUCACCACUCCCGUCGCCUUCUAUGGAGUCGAGAAGUUCGGUCGCCGCAAGCUGCUCAUCUGGGGUGCCGCAUGGAUGCUGACCUGCGAGUUCAUCGUCGGAGCCGUCGGUGUCGCCCUCCCCGGUUCCAAGGCCGCCUCGACCGUCCUCGUCGUCUUCGUGUGCUUCUACAUCUUCGCCUUCGCGACCACCUGGGGCCCCGCUGCCUGGAUCGUCAUCGGUGAAAUCUACCCGCUCCCCAUCCGUGCCAAGGGUGUCGCUCUCGCCACCGCCUCCAACUGGCUCUGGAACUUCGUCCUCGGUUACGUCACUCCCUACCUCGUCGACGAGGGCGAAGCCAACCUCAAGGCCAAGGUCUUCUUCAUCUGGGGAUCCACCUGCACGCUCUGUCUGCUGUUUGCCUACUUCUUCGUGCCCGAGACCAAGGGUCUCUCGCUCGAGCAGGUCGACAAGAUGCUCGAGGAGACCACCGCCCGCACCUCCGCCAAGUGGGUCCCCCACGAGACGUACGUGCAGAACAACGAGAAGCUCGACCACGGCGCCCACGGAAACGAGGCAUAAGCGUAGUGCUUUGUGCUUCCAUCGUUUCGUUCAUGGAGUAGGCGGUUGGGUUGGGGGUUGGGGGUUGCGUCGGACGGUCACGUGUCUUUGAUUUUCUCUUUCAUAGUAGCAAGCAGGCUGUUGUAUAUACCAAAUACCGGGCUUUGCAGUUUUUUUUACUUCUUCUGAUAUGGUUUUCGGACCGACCGCGCGCGUGCUUGUGCCGUGUUUGUGUUUUUUCUUCUUCUUCUUCUUGCGGUGGCCACUGGUUGUGGUUGUCGUUACUAGGUUUCGGGAAGGGGGUGGGGGCUGGGCGGGUCGGGAAGGGGUUAUGUUGUCGGAGGUUCAUGUGUCACUUGUGUCUAUAAUGCUAAUGAAACAACUGCGAGAUCGCAGAUGAGUUCAAGUCUAUCUUUCAAA